AGGGCGCUAAUUAGUCGGUGGAGAUUUUGAGAGCUAAAAAGAGAGAAGGAAACAAAGCCUCUCAGACUCUCUCUCUCUCUCAUUAGUCUCAAUCUAACUGAGAGAGUUGGAUUUAGCAGAUGCUGGAGUAGUAGUAGCUUUGGUGGUUGGUGAAAGCUUCGAGUGGCUUGUGCUGCAUUAGCAGCAGCAGAUCUGAAUCUGAAAUGGAGGCCAACGCUGGUUUGGUGGCCGGCUCUCACAACCGGAAUGAGCUCGUCGUCAUCCCCCGCGAGCGCGACGGCGAUUCUGCGCCGAAAGGGGUGAAGGGGCAGAUUUGCCAGAUUUGCGGAGAUGACGUGGGGCUCAACGCCGACGGGGAGCUCUUCGUGGCCUGCAACGAGUGUGCCUUCCCAAUUUGCCGCACUUGCUACGAGUAUGAGCGCAGAGAAGGAAGUCAGGUCUGUCCUCAGUGCAAGACUCGAUUCAAGCGUCUCAAAGGAUGUGCGAGGGUGGCCGGCGAUGAGGAGGAGGACGGGGUGGAUGAUUUGGAGAACGAAUUCAGCUUCGAUGGAAGGAGCAGACACGAUUUGCAGCAUGCGCUUUCCGCGGAUGCAAUGCUCCAUGGCCACAUGAGCUAUGGCCGCGCUUCUUCGGUCUCGUCUGACUUCCAUAAUGAUCUGCAUUCCAUUCCUCAUCUCCCUCUCCUUACUAAUGGUCAAAUGGUUGAUGACAUCCCUCCUGACCAACAUGCUUUGGUUCCUUCUUUCAUGGGAGCCAACUCCGGAGGCAAAAGGAUCCACCCUCUUCCUUUCUCAGAUCCUGCAUUUCCAGUACAACCCCGAUCCAUGGAUCCUUCGAAGGACCUCGCUGCUUAUGGCUAUGGUAGUGUUGCUUGGAAGGAAAGGAUGGAAAGUUGGAAACAGAAGCAGGAGAAGCUACAGAUGAUGAAACAUGAAAAUGGUGGCAAGGAUUCUGACUAUGAUGGGAAUGGCCCUGAUCUACCAUUAAUGGACGAGGCACGACAGCCCUUGUCAAGAAAGUUGCCAAUUUCAUCGAGCCAAAUCAAUCCUUACAGAAUGAUUAUCAUAAUUCGACUUGUUGCUCUUGGGUUCUUCUUUCAUUAUCGGGUCCUGAAUCCUGUGAAUGAUGCAUAUCCACUGUGGCUUAUCUCAGUUAUUUGUGAGAUUUGGUUUGGUGUUUCGUGGAUUCUUGAUCAGUUUCCCAAGUGGCUUCCAAUUGACAGGGAAACUUAUCUCGACAGAUUGUCUCUGAGGUAUGAGAAGGAGGGCCAGCCUUCACAACUUUCUCCAGUUGAUAUUUAUGUCAGUACAGUGGAUCCAUUGAAAGAGCCUCCUCUGGUGACUGCAAACACCGUUCUUUCCAUUCUUGCUGUGGACUACCCUGUUGACAAGGUCUCAUGUUAUGUUUCGGAUGAUGGUGCUGCUAUGCUGACAUUUGAGGCACUGUCCGAAACAUCUGAAUUUGCUAAGAAGUGGGUUCCUUUCUGUAAGAAGUUUAACAUAGAACCACGAGCACCUGAAUUUUAUUUUGCCCAAAAGAUAGAUUAUCUUAAAGAUAAGGUGCUCCCUUCAUUUGUGAAGGACAGGAGAGCAAUGAAGAGAGAAUAUGAAGAGUUUAAAGUUCGAAUUAAUGCUUUGGUUGCAAAAGCUACUAAGGUUCCAGAGGAAGGGUGGACAAUGCAGGAUGGAACUCCGUGGCCUGGAAAUAAUGUUCGUGAUCAUCCUGGGAUGAUUCAGGUUUUUCUUGGACAAAGUGGAGGACUCGAUACAGAUGGCAAUGAAUUACCGCGCCUGGUAUAUGUUUCAAGAGAAAAGAGACCUGGGUUUACUCAUCACAAAAAAGCUGGAGCUAUGAAUGCCUUGGUCCGAGUCUCUGCUGUGCUCACAAAUGCACCUUACAUGUUGAAUUUGGAUUGUGAUCACUACAUCAACAAUAGUAAGGCUCUUAGAGAGUCUAUGUGUUUCAUGAUGGAUCCAUUGCUAGGAAAGAGGGUGUGCUAUGUCCAGUUCCCUCAGAGGUUUGACGGUAUUGACAGGAAUGAUCGAUAUGCAAACAGAAAUACUGUGUUCUUUGACAUUAACAUGAAAGGUUUGGAUGGGAUCCAAGGACCUAUCUAUGUCGGAACUGGAUGUGUCUUCAGAAGGCAGGCUCUAUAUGGUUUUGAUGCUCCGAAAGUAAAGAAGCCGCCAACCAGGACAUGCAACUGUUUGCCUUCAUGGUGCUGUUGCCUUUGUUCAGGAAAAAGGAAGAAGAAGAAGGCUAACAAACCUAAAACUGAUUCAAAGAAAAGAUUUUUCAGAAAGGCAGAGACAGCCCCUGUGCUUGCUCUGGAGGGAAUUGAAGAGGGCAUUGAAGGUGUUGAAACUGAAAAUGUGGCUCUAAUGCCUGAGCACAAGUUAGAAAAGAAGUUUGGGCAAUCUCCUGUGUUUGUUGCAUCCACUUUGCUAGAGGAUGGAGGUUCACUAAAAAGUACCAGCCCUGCAUCUCUACUAAAAGAAGCUAUCCACGUGAUUAGCUGUGGCUAUGAAGAUAAAACCGAAUGGGGAAAAGAGGUUGGCUGGAUUUAUGGCUCAGUUACAGAGGAUAUUCUGACAGGCUUUAAGAUGCAUUGCCAUGGGUGGAGAUCCAUAUACUGUAUCCCUGACAGACCUGCAUUUAAAGGAUCUGCGCCCAUUAACCUUUCUGAUCGUUUGCACCAAGUCCUUCGAUGGGCCCUUGGCUCAAUUGAAAUAUUUUUGAGCAGGCAUUGCCCUCUUUGGUAUGGGUAUGGCGGGGGUCUAAAGUGGCUGGAGCGUCUCUCUUACAUAAAUGCUACAGUGUACCCAUGGACAUCAAUUCCCCUUCUUGCCUAUUGUACUCUACCUGCUGUAUGUUUGCUGACAGGCAAAUUUAUCACUCCGGAGCUGACCAAUAUUGCUAGCUUGUGGUUUCUGUCUCUUUUCAUCUGCAUUUUUGCAACGGGCAUAUUGGAAAUGAGAUGGAGUGGAGUUGGUAUUGAUGAAUGGUGGAGAAAUGAGCAGUUUUGGGUGAUUGGAGGAGUGUCAGCUCAUCUAUUUGCAGUGUUUCAGGGGCUUCUGAAGGUUUUAGCUGGUGUUGAUACAAACUUUACUGUGACAUCAAAGGGAGGAGAUGACGCAGAGUUCUCAGAACUUUACGCAUUUAAAUGGACCACAUUGCUCAUUCCUCCAACAACUCUGCUCAUAAUAAACAUUGUUGGAGUGGUUGCUGGAAUCUCAAAUGCAAUAAAUAACGGUUAUGAGUCAUGGGGGCCUUUGUUUGGUAAGCUCUUCUUUGCCUUCUGGGUGAUUGUUCAUCUCUAUCCUUUCCUCAAGGGUCUGCUUGGUAGGCAGAACAGGACCCCUACUAUCAUUAUUGUGUGGUCAAUACUGCUAGCUUCCAUCUUCUCCCUUUUAUGGGUCCGGAUUGAUCCAUUCUUGGCCAAGUCGAAUGGUCCUGUCCUGGAGGAAUGUGGAUUGGAUUGUAAUUAAUCACACUUGAAUUCCAAUUCAAUCGUUCGGCAGCAGGCCACAACCACAGCCCCAACCACAGUAGGGGUUGAUGUCUGAAUGAUACAAACUACACUAGAAAAGAUUCGGUGUGUUUCAGUGAUGGGUCUGCAAACUGUAGAUUAAAAUGUGUGUAUCAAGAUUGAAGGCUGCUGUUUUGUGGGAGACUGUUGGGCACAAGUACAACAAUGCUCCGAUUCUUUAUUAGUUGAAUUUAUAAAGACGAGAUAGGUUAGGGUGAGGAAGGAAAAAAAACCACACUGUUUUUGUGUAUUAUUGUUAUUUAUCACCAGUCUCUUUCUCUGUCUCGAUAUUGAAUUUGCAAUAACAGCAGGUCAUGUUCUGCUGCAUGUAACUUGUAAGUUGUAACUACAAAAGCAAAGAGAUUGUGGAACAUAACAAAUUGUUUGUGGGUUUCUUGUUUGAUGUGUUUAUGAACUUUGAAGCUGUGCUGCGGCCUGUUGGCUUUUGUGU